GAUGUCAAAUAGGUUUUGAGUUUAGAUGUUUCGAUGUGAAAAUUGUUUUUUUUUCAUAUCAGGCAAGUGCUGAAGAGUGUCCGGGCGGUUAUAGCGCGAAUAAACUGGCGCCCAGUUAAAUUUUUUUUACCGCGACGUAGUCGCAUCCAAUUAACCAUUUAUUCCCAAUAAAAUGACUAGUGAUGACACGGCCUAAAAUAGAUAGUAUUAUGAAUUAAACUUCACACCCGUUCACUAUAUAUCUCAUACAUAUGAUUGAAUAAAUUAAUUUAUGCUGUCGACGGUGAAGUCCAAUCGAUAAUUGUGUCAUAGAAUUUAAGAAAUAAACACAAAGUAAAAGAUCUUAGUUACGUAGAUGCGUUGAAAUUUUAUUGGUGCUGGUGGCUGUGAUAGUGAAAACUGACGAUAUUACGAAAAUACGUAAACAUUUACGAAAUAAACUUGUAGUGGGUGUGAAAAUAAAUAUUUGAAGUACAUUUAGUGAUGCUACUGCUAGUUUAAAGAUUUCGAAUCAACACGUCCUCACACACGGAAGCACGCGCUGAUUAUGAAGCUGUUGAGUAUAAUAAUGAAACAACGCCAUCUACUGAGCGAGAAUUAAAAUUACAACACCAUCUAGCGGGCGUUACCAUGCUUCAUGCUUCAAAUGUGUAAGGAUGCCCAGGCUAAAGUAUGCCUCGGUUCUACGUGUGGUCGUCAUCCUGGGCCUCUUCUGUCUCUGGGUUCAGAUCAUGUUGUCAGCUUCGAAUGGUGUCAUCGAUAGAGAUGGAGAUGAGCUGAUGAACUUGAAUGAUACGUCAGAACAAGUGCUGGCGCUGGUACCUCCUGAACUGCAUAAAUACCUCACAGUACAUUACAAGAAUAUUACAGUUAAUUCAACGGAGAGAGCCAAUGCUAAAAACGUGUCUGACAUUCGAAGAGCUAUCCAGAGAUAUAAUGAAGCACAGACAAUAUACAACGAAGAUAUAUUCGGCCCGGUGCAGAACGAUACCAUUAUAAUUGCUAUUCAGGUCCACACUAGACUUACAUACCUACGUCACUUGAUCGUGUCUUUGGCCCAGGCGAGAGAUAUUGAUAAAACUUUAUUAGUCUUCUCUCAUGAUUAUUACGACGAGGAGAUUAAUUCUUUAGUACGAAGCAUAGAUUUUACUAAGGUGAUGCAGAUUUUUUAUCCGUAUUCAAUACAAACUCAUCCUAAUGAAUUCCCUGGAGUCGAUCCCAACGACUGUCCGAGAGAUGUACGACUUGAACAGGCAAUAAAGUUGAAAUGCAACAACGCGCACCAUCCUGACCUUCACGGACAUUAUCGCGAGGCGAAGUACACGCAGACCAAACACCAUUGGUGGUGGAAGGCGAAUAGGAUAUUCAAUCAGUUGCAGUGUACAGCUGGACAUACAGGUAUGGUGGUCUUUUUGGAAGAAGACCAUUACGUGGCCGAAGACUUCAUACAUAUGCUGCACCUCCUAAGGAGUACAGCUGACAGAAGUUGUCCACAUUGCGAGAUACUUUGUCUCGGAACAUAUCUGAAGACAUACCAGUAUCAUACUAAUGGAGAUAAGCGGAAGCAACUCAGCCUGAGUUAUAUACAGCAAGUGAGAGCUGCUAAUGAGGAAAGAAGAAGGAAGAUGCAGGACAUGCAGUGGAACUAUCAAGUGUAUCCAUACCUGUAUUCCAGCAACCAAAAGGUAGAAAUUACCCCAUGGCAUUCGAGUAUGCAUAACAUGGGAAUGGUUUUUAAUAGAACUGUAUGGAAGAAUAUAAUGGAAUUACAAGAACAAUUUUGUGCCUAUGACGAUUAUAAUUGGGACUAUUCGUUGCUACAUUUGUCACAGAAUCGACCGAAAAGAGAUAAAUUUAAAGUUAUUCUGUGCAAAGGACCCCGUGUAUUUCAUAUUGGCGAGUGUGGUAUCCACCACAAGAAAUCCAACUGCAACGCAUCAACAGUGAUCAGUAAAGUACAGAAGUUGCUGCAGAACGCAAAGUCCUAUAUGUAUCCUUCUCGAGUGUCCGCCAUUGUUAGUGCGGGCGGAGCUAAACAUAACAAGAAGCUUACCAAAGGAAAUGGAGGAUGGGGGGAUAUUAGGGAUCAAGAACUUUGCACGAAUAUGACUAAAGUCGACAGACAAAUGAGGAAAUAUAUUUACGUCGCUUAGAGAAGCCAUUUUCUAAUACCAAAUAAAAAUGACCACAUUUUCAUUAAAGUCUUUUUAAUUAAUAAGGAAAAAGCGUCACAGUAUCAAGAAAUAUAUAAAUGCCAACUAACACCCCAAAUGACACCUCACUGGUCAAAAAACUGUCAUGGCGUUUAGGUUAUAUGUCAAAUUGAGGUGACAACGAGAUAAAGUUAUCUGAGACGGUGGGCUUGAGUCAAACUUAAUUAUAAUAACUCAGUAGCGCCCCUUUGUAAAUGUCAAAAAAGUGACAAGAUCUU